AUGCCGAAAUUCGUCCCGCGCCAGAGAAAGCACAAGGUCAUCGCACGGCAAAAGGCGCAGCAAAAUGGCACCCGUGAUGGCGGGGAUGCGCCUCCCCAGCUCGAUAGCAAUGCCCUGGAGAUUCUGCCAGAUGCCCAGAAAGCGAACCUUGAAGCUAGAAGGGCGCAGAUGAGGGAGGAGCUCCAAGGCGACGUCAAAGUGAGCGGCAAGAAAGCCAAGCGCCUCGAGAAGUACAUCGACAACAAGUUAAGGAAAGACGAGAACAGAGCUCUGCUCUCUGAGUUGGCCAAGAAGAAAGUCGAUACAAGUCUUUUCUCCAGCAGCCGCACUCUGGGUCAGGGUAAGGAAACCAAACGUCAGGCGCUCAGUCGGGCUUUCAGGGAGCGCCAGGCUGGCGUCAGUCAAGGAGAUGAUGACAUUUUGUUCGAGGCUAGGGGAGUCCCGGCCAGCGAUGAGUCGGAUGAUGACGAGGAUGCCGACAUUGAACCCAAAGGGAACAGUUCUUCUGUGCGAAAGCAACAGCCGAUACAACCAGUCAGAGAUGUGCCGAAUACACAAACCACUACCACUUCUACUGAUACACAACCCACAAAGCCAACAGCGCUGGCAGGGUCCGGACUGAAACGCCCCCUGGAAGUUGAUGAUGAUGGGCGGCCAGUCAUUCAGAAGCGACAGAAGCGUGGUGGAGUGAAAUCGAAGUUACCCACUAGGCCACAUGUUCUGCAACCCGAACCGUCCCAUGAGUCCAGCAACGAUUCUGAGGAGUUAGAAGAUGAAGAUGACGAGUGGGGUGGCUUUAGCUCCGAUGGAUCCGCACAUCAUGCAGCAGGCUCCCCGGACGGGAACUCAGAGUCCGAUUCAGAAGAGGUCUCAGAGGAUGGAGAGUCCACUGCUGAGGAGGGAUCAUGGUCCGACGAAGAAGAGGAUGAGGAGGAAGGUGGUGUUGAUACGGGCGCAAAGCAGAGGUCAUCGGCUUUCAAAGCCUGGGCCCAUGAACAACGAAACGAAGCUCUUGGAUAUCAGCCGGUGGACAACAAUACUGCGGCCCUUGAGAUCCCAAUACCCGAAAACUUCAAACCGCGUCUAAUAGAGCAAGAUCCAUUGCCUUUGGAACUGCAGCCUACGAAGGAUACUGGACGAAAAGCAUUCAGCAUUGCAGUCCAGAGAAAACCUGAGAUACAAGAAGCCCGACUACAGCUGCCAGUCGUAGCAGAGGAACAGAAAGUCAUGGAAGCAAUACAUAACAACAACGUUGUUGUGAUUUGCGGUGCUACUGGUUCUGGAAAAACGACACAAGUGCCACAAUUCUUAUUCGAGGCCGGAUACGGUUCUCCAAAUUCUCCCACACCCGGCAUGAUAGGAAUAACCCAGCCCAGGAAAGUCGCCGCUGUCAGCAUGAGCAAGCGGGUAGGACAAGAGCUGGGUGACCGUUCUUCUGCCGUUGCGUACCAAAUUCGGUUUGAAGGCACCACCGAUGACAAGACAGCCGUCAAGUUCAUGACAGACGGUGUGCUCUUGCGAGAGGUGGCCAAUGACAUUGCUCUGCGCAAAUACUCGGCGGUAAUCAUUGACGAAGCUCACGAGAGGAGUGUGAACACUGAUAUCCUCAUCGGAAUGCUCUCCAGGGUUGUAAAGCUGCGCGAGGAUAUGGCCAACGAAGAUUCUACAAUAUCCCCGUUGAAAUUGAUCAUCAUGUCGGCAACGCUGCGUGUAGACGACGUCACGAGGAAUCCGACGCUGUUCCCAAUACCGCCGCCAGUCCUGAACAUCGAAGGCCGGCAACAUCCCGUUACUGUUCACUUUGCGAGAAAGACGCCGCACGACUACGUGGAUGAAGCAUUCAAGAAGAUUACCAGGGGGCAUCGGAAACUGCCCCCUGGCAGCUUCUUGGUGUUCCUUACUGGUCACGACGAAAUAAGCAGGCUUAGUAAGAAGCUCCGGCUCGCAUCAGGCGGGCUCAAUCCUGCAGCUUAUCCAAAGGUGCGGAUAUCUGCCAAUGACGCGCCCUUGGAGGUUGAAGACAUCGACUUCGGCGAGACAGACGACCACGCGGAUGGCCAAAACGACCUACAUUUUGUUGACGACGAAGAUGAGGAGGAGGAUGCCGAAUUCAAUAUUCUUGAUGAGACCGAGAGCGGACCCCUAAAGAUGCACAUUCUACCUCUGUAUUCACUCUUGCCGACGAGAGAGCAGAUGCGUGUUUUUGAAGACCCGCCUGAAGGCUCACGCUCGAUAAUUCUCGCAACCAACGUCGCCGAGACGAGUUUGACUAUCCCGGGCGUGCGGUAUGUGUUCGACUGCGGACGAUCAAAGGAAAGGAAGUACAACCCAGACACAGGGGUCCAAAGCUAUGAAAUCGGCUGGAUCAGCAAAGCCAGUGCGAAUCAGCGCUCCGGUCGUGCCGGUCGAACUGGGCCUGGUCACUGCUACAGGCUUUACUCCUCAGCCGUCUACGAGCGGGACUUGCCUGAGUUCGCGGACCCGGAGCUUUUGAGGAUGCCUAUCGAAGGGGUUGUCCUCCAGCUCAAAGCGAUGAGGUUACAGCAUGUGGUUAACUUUCCGUUCCCUACACCUCCGGACAGGCACAGCCUUGUGAAAGCAGAGAAGUUGCUGGAGUACCUCUCGGCGAUCACAACAAGUGGCCAGGCUACCCAGAUCGGAUCGACAAUGGCAAAAUUCCCACUGCCGCCACGCUUUGCUCGGAUACUUCUAAUUGGCCACCUUCACGAUUGCCUACCUUACACUGUAGCGCUCGUGGCGGGACUGUCGGUUGCAGAGAUCUUCAUCCCAGAGAGCCAGGCGGUGCCUGCGCUGUCCACGGAUACGGAGCAGAGAUUCCGUACCAAUGAGGACGUGGCAGCAGAAACGCGCCAGGCACAAGCCCGGCAGAAGUACAAUGCCGUCCACAAGGCCUUCUGCUCACUCGACGACUCUUCCGAUGCUAUAAAGCUGCUGCAAGCCGUUGGGGAGUUUGCUUGGGAUCCGACAGAGAACUGGUGUAGCGAACGCUUUGUGAGAUUCAAAGCCCUCCAAGAGACGCAAAAGCUACGAAAGCAGAUCACCAGCCUGCUACAAAAGGACAUCCCGGCCUUCGCCAACCUGACCUUCCAGAAGAAACUGGACCGGCCGAGCCCGAAGCAGGUCACGGCCCUGAAGCAGAUGGUGGCCGCGGGCUUCAUCGACAAAGUGGCCAUACGAGGCGAUCUCGCGCCCUCGCCGCCCGAACUCCACCGCAAGCCCCGCCGCGCCAUUGAUGUGCCCUAUGUGCCGCUGCAGCCCAUCCAACAGACCAGUAGUGAUAAUGCCAUCGACAAAUCCGUCUACAUCCACCCCUCCUCCGUCCUCGCCCACCGCAGCGCCCAGGAGUGUCCCGACUACAUCAUCUACGCGAAUCUGCAACGCGCCGCCGCGUCGGUAGACCCGACCGCCAAGCAGCCGCGCACGCGCAUGCUGGCGCUCACGGACGUCAGCGGCGCGCAGCUGGCCGCGCUGGCGAAGGGCACGCUGCUGAUUAGCUAUGGCAAGCCGAUCAAAGAAGCCAACGGCGGGAAGUUGGAUAGCGCCGCGACGACGCGCGAGUGUUGGGUUGUGCCGUAUUUGAGGGCCGAGGGCACGGGUGGUUUGGGGUGGCCGUUGCCGGUAAGGAAGGUUAGGCAGACGAAGGUUGUGGGGAAGGGGUGGGUUACGGAAUGA